AUGGACACUGAGGAUGGCCACCAAUUCAUNAAAGGUAAGUGUUUGCACGCAAUUGCGAAAUCGCUGGUCGCCGACUCACUUAUACCUCCUCAGCAUCUCGCCUACUUUGUGCGGACGCACGAAAAGGCCCUGGCCAACGCGCUGCAGUUGCAGAGGCGCGGAUCCCAAAAUGUCACCUCUCCUCUCUCGGCCACGGCCAUNGAGCCCCCUGCCGCUCCCUCUGCCUCGUUGUCUACCUCUUCGGCGAACACCUUCGCUGCCGCUCUAUCGCUUCCUUAUCUCAGCUUCACCUCUCAGACCGUCAAACCCGUCAAGUUGACCCUGACUACGCACCACCUCUUCUACCUAUUAACUCGUUUCGAAGAGCUGGGUAUUAAUGUCGGGCCCAUGACCAUCCGUCUUGAGAAUAUCCAUAACGACGUCGCCCCUGGAAACUAUGUCUCGUUCCUCUCGGCUCCAAAGUCACGCGGUCGCGCCUCGGACGCCGAUUCGGUUCGAUCUUCGUCAAGCGUACGGAGUGUUAUGUCCACUAUGUCGAGUAUGUGGUCGCACUUCAACCUCAGCGGACAGUCGAACAAGGAAGAAAAACAGAAGGCAGCCGAGCUGGAAGACCUGAAAUACCUGUAUUCAGCAUUCACCAAGAUACCAUGCCUGCGCCUCUCUCCGGACAUCCGCUCCAAAUUGAUCGCCGGAUAUGAAGAGUUUCCCUUUGACACCGCAGUUCCGCUGUUUGCGUUCAAGAACGUGAGCGCUUUGGAAAUCUGUGACCUGGACUUUCGCCAACUCUUUGGCUGGGAUCGGAUGGCCGAGCAGCUACGUAGUCUCACUGUUAAGCGCGCCAGCAUCGACGAUCUGGCUGAUCUGACUAUCAACAUUGUCCUGGAUGAUAUGGACAAGCGCCGUCGCAGGUCGUCCAAAGCACCUAUACCUUCAUCUCCGGCUGUAGUAUGGCCAUCCGCGAACAACAGUGUCCGGAAUGCCGCUGAGUUGGCAUCUGCCUCGGUGCCCAAUUCGCCAAUGGCAGAGGGCAGACGACCGUCCAUUGGCAGCCCCCAACCCUCGGCUGUGAAUAUGACGCGAACUGCAUCUUCCGAUGGUAAGAGGACCCCUCGUCUGAGGCAGAGAAGUAUUUCACCAUCAAGACCUGCCAGCUCGCGACACAAUUCAUCAUAUGGUCACGGACACCAUCCACGAAGCGGUACACCUAAGUUCAGACGUGAAUCUGGUAGCUCAGGCUCAAGUGUCCAUUCAAGCACACCACGGAAUAGUACUUCUAACCUCCUGGCAUUGGGCAUUGUUCCUGCGUCUAAGUGGCGCUUCCUGCGUCACCUCAGUCUUGCUGACAACGGCUUGACAUUCAUCACAACCCAUAGUCUUGCCCCAUUAGCCCAGACGUUGCAUUCGCUCGACCUCUCAUCAAACCUCCUUACCGAGAUUCCCGAAAGUCUUGCCUCAUUGACCAACUUGAGAGCGCUCAAUCUCUCCAACUGCAUGAUCGACAGCUUGCACUCUCUUCUCCGUAAUCCGCUUCCCGCCAUCACCACGCUUAAUCUUAGAUCCAAUCGGCUUACCUCGCUUGCUGGUAUCGAACGCCUAUUCUCCCUCGAACGUGUCGACUUGCGCGACAACAAAUUGACGGAUCCUACUGAGCUUGCACGACUUACAAGAAUGCCUGAAAUGCAAGACAUCUACGUUGCAAAGAAUCCAUUUGUCCGCACACACUCUAGUUACAGAGUCACAAUUCUCAACCUCUUCCGAGCAACACCAGGCUAUACCGAAGAUGUCAAGAUCGAUUCUACCGGCCCAUCGUACAGCGAGCGGAGGCAGUUGGUAGACCGCGCGCCAGAACCACCACAGGCUCCCGUNAGCACCCCUGUACUUGAGGAUGAGCGGUCAGAUGAUGCAUUGAACAUGCCGGAUCUCGGUGAACAAUCACGAUAUGCAGCGGCAGAAUACGCUCGAGGAUCAACAAGGUCAGUCGGCAACUACUCGACUGCGUCACAAAGAAGAAAGAAGGGAACACGGAGGAUUGUCGAGCUAUCACACGAGAUGGGUUCUGAGCAGUCUACUCAAGCCGACGCACCGCCUUCACCACGGGCAGUUCUCAAAGCACCAACUUCGCCCGAGGAGCAACGGUUUGUGCGGGCGACAUCAUCACCACCUCGACUGCCGCCAUUGGAUACGGGAGCACCGAGCAUGUUGAUGGAAGGAUUUACAACAUCGACCGAGGAGGACGAAGAUAUUGGCGUCAACAGUGAUGCUUAUCGACAGAAGAUCGAGACUUUGAAGAGUGACCUCGGCAAUGGCUGGCUGACGGCAUUGAGCGAGGACAUGAAGAAAGGUACGGACAGAGAGUACAACGCUAGACCGUCAAUGGGAGGGCAACGGACGGACAGUCGAGAAGUGACGGUUGGAGGCAGGAGGUUGGGUUGA